CAGCAAUUUCAGUAAGGAAACAAACAUAUUCGCGCUUUCUCUUCUUGCCGUAAUAGCGGGCUCUCUUGCAUUACGCCAUUUUCUCGAAUCACAGCUCACUGCAACAUCGCCCUGCUUCUCGAGUUCAUGGUCCGGGUAGCACAUCAUACCAGAGCAGCUCCAAGCCAAGAAUGAGCCAAGAUCACAACUCAGAUCCCCCCAGAUCAGAUCGAGACCACGAACACCUGGAGAAGUUCGAGGAGCGAUCUUUUAGUGAAGACGACCCACAUGGAAGCUCGACGGCACUCCCUCGAAAACCAGACCCGGCAGCCACAACAUCCGAUAGCGAAGACAUUUCGAGGAUCGACAGAUUAGGGCGCAACUUCUCGACCUCUACCAGAUCAUCUGAGGAUUCACAACGUACAGUUUCAGAAGGUCACGAUGCCCAAGUAACGGCCCAUCGCUCGCGCAGUCGAGGAAAUCACAGUCGAGCACACUCCUCCACCCGCUCUGUAAGACGUGAGGCAAUUGUUGUCCCCAGGUCCGAGCGUCGAGGACUUCUCGCCAGAUUCUGCGUCUUUCCAGAAAUUACAAACGCACAAGAUUUCUCUCGGAAGCAAAAAUGGACCAUCACUGCAAUAGUCGCUCUGGCAGGUGCUGCAGCACCUAUGGGCUCGUCUAUCGUGCUUCCGGCUUUGGUUGACAUCACGAGAGAGUUUAACAGCACUCCCACGAUUGCCAAUUUGAGCGUGGCCAUGUACAUGCUUUCCAUGUCCAUUUUCCCUCUCUGGUGGAGCAGUUUCUCCGAGACUCUAGGACGCCGGACCAUUUACGUGGUUUCGUUCUUCCUGUUCCUGAUCUUCAACAUCUUGGCGGCGGUGAGCUCGAGUAUGGCCAUGUUCAUCGUGAUGAGGAUGCUUUCAGGAGGUGCUGCUGCUAGCGUGCAGGCUGUUGGAGGCGGGACUAUUGCAGAUGUGUGGGAAGUCAAGGAGCGCGGAGCCGCAAUGGGAAUGUUCUAUCUAGGACCGCUGUGUGGACCGCUCGUAUCACCAAUUCUAGGUGGUGUGUUUGCUCAGACUUUGGGCUGGCGAUCCGCACAAUGGUUCCUCGCCAUCUUUGCGGGCCUACUUUGGCUCUUCGUCGUAGGAGCCUUGCCAGAAACACUUCGACGCCGCAAGCCACUCGCCUUCGAAGCUGAGCAAGAAGCAAUACCAGAGACAGACGAGAAGGGCAUGCCGCGACCCGGUCUCUCUCGAAUGGCCACCACACAGUCCGUCAAAGUCAAGUCCAAGAAAUAUUUGGUCAUGGCACGUCGAAUCUUCCUCGACCCUCUCCGCGUGAUCUUAUACAUGCAAUUCCCAGCCGUUGCGAUCCUAGUGGCCUACGCGGCGUGGACAUUCGGAGCGCUCUAUGUUCUGAACAUCUCCGUGCAAGCGACAUUCACAAAGGCACCAUACAACUACAACAGUAUCAUUAUCGGAUGUCUUUACCUACCAAAUUCUGCGGGUUACUUCUUGUCUUCAACGUUUGGCGGCCGCUGGGUUGACCGCAUAAUGCAUCGCGAGGCUAGAAAGGCUGGCAGAUAUGAUGAGCGAGGAAGAUUGAUCUUCAUCCCCGAGGACCGCAUGAAGGAGAACGCAUAUCUGGGAUCUAUUCUCUAUCCUGCCAGUCUGCUUGCAUAUGGUUGGUUUGCCGAGAAACAGGUCAACGUUGCCGCUCCAAUGGUGUUCAACUUCUUCUUCGGUGUUGGUAGUAUGUUGAUCUUCGCACUAGUGACCACUAUGUUGACCGAAUUCAUGCCGAGAAAGGCCAGCAGUGGGAUCGCCCUGAACAACUUCGUACGCAAUAUCCUCUCUUGCAUAGGCGCCAUCGUGACCGAACCCAUCAUCAACGGUAUUGGCGAUGGUUGGCUCUUUACCGGCAUUGCAAUCAUUGCUUGGGUUACCGGGAUCCUCACGGUAUGGUCGAUGAAAAAGUUCGGCCCUCGCUGGAGAAUAGCUAUGGAUAAGCGAUUGGACAAGGUCAUGGGAGAUUGAAGAAGCACUUACGUUGCAGUGCCGUGCGCUGAGCGCAGGCUUUCCACUGCGCUCCAUACCCCCGAGCUCAUCGUGGACUCCCCGGCGGCGACUUCAUGGGGGCGAUGCGUAGGCUCAUUUUCGACAAUAUCUGGCCCGUACCAGCUUACAUCCGACUGGUCACGAGCAAAGAAGUUGCUCUGAUCAUCGCUUCCACCAUCGUUCGUCAGC